GAAGCCAGCUGUGCAUGUGGAAGGUACAUCUUGAGCCAAACCACAGAACAGAAAAUUGGAACAGAAUUAAUAUAAAGCAAGACCAAAAGUUUCCUGUCCAGCCCACGGGGUGGAGUAAUGUCCAUUCCUCUCCAUACUGAAUAUAAGCCUGCUGUGAUGUCAGGAACAGAAAAGAAUGUCCUUGGGUCUGUUUGCAGCUCAGCAUCAGUCAUGAAUCUCAGGGUGCUGCUGCCCUUUCUAGUGCUCACUCUCCUUACUGUCCUUGCCCUGGUCUAUGUCUUGUUGACCAGGCAAGGCAGUUCAGGCCAGCCUCCUCGGUGCCCUGUCAUGCCUCCCAGAAGUCAUCCCUGGACACACCCUGGUGGGAGCCAGCUAUUUGCAGACCUGAACCCUGAGGAGCUAACUGCUGUAAUGAGCUUCCUGACCAAGCACCUGGGGCCAGGGCUGGUGGAUGCAGCCCAGGCUCUGCCCUCGGACAACUGCGUCUUCUCGGUGGAGUUGCAGCUGCCUGCCAAGGCCUUGGCCCUGGCCCAUCUGGACAGAGGGGGGCCCCCACCUCCCCGGGAGGCACUGGCCAUCAUCUUCUUUGGUGCACAACCCCAACCCAAUGUGACUGAGCUGGUGGUGGGGCCCCUGCCUCUCCCUUCCUACAUGCGGGAUGUGACUGUGGAGCGUCAUGGUGGCCCUCUGCCUUAUUACCGGCGCCCCAAGCUGGCAGCUGAGUUUGAUCAGAUUUGGAGGUACUUGGAAGAAGUGGAACUCCCAAAGGCUCCCACCUUUCUGGCUUCUGUCUUGAACUACAAUGGCUCCACCUUGGCACCCCUGCAUUCUUCUGCUAGUGGCUUCCAUUCGGGGGACCGAGCUACCUGGAUAGCCCUCUACCACAACAUCUCAGGUCUUGGAAUAUUCCUUCACCCCGUAGGGUUGGAACUACUGCUGGACCACAGAGCCCUGGACCCUACCCACUGGGCGGUCCAGCAGGUCUUCUACCUCGGGCACUACUAUGCAGACUUGGCCCAGUUGGAAAGGGAGUUCCAGGCUGGCCGCCUAGAAGUGGUUCAGGUCCCUCUACCCACACCAAAUGGGUCUUCCUCCCUGAGGUCUCGAGUCUCUCCAGACCCCCCUCUCCCCCCUCUUCAGUUCUCACCCCAGGGUCCCCAGUACAAUGUACAGGGAAACUCAGUGGUAUCCCCCCUCUGGACAUUUACCUUUGGUCAUGGGGUGUUCACUGGCUUAAGACUUUUUGAUGUUCGGUUUAAGGGUGAACGUGUGGCUUAUGAAGUCAGUGUCCAGGAGUGCCUAACAGUUUAUGGUGCUGAUUCUCCCAAGACGAUGAUGAUCCGUUACUUGGACAGCAGCUAUGGCCUUGGCCAAAACAGCCGAGCCUUGGUUCGAGGGGUGGACUGCCCCUAUCAAGCCACCAUGAUGGAUAUCCAUGUACUAGUAGGCACAGGGGCAGUCCGGCUGCUCCAAGGGGCUGUGUGUGUGUUUGAGGAGGUCCAGGGAUUACCCCUUCGAAGGCACCACAAUUACAUUGAGGGUCAUUUCUACGGUGGUUUGGCCAGCUCAGGCCUUGUGGUCAGGUCGGUGUCAUCAGUGGGCAACUAUGAUUACAUUUGGGACUUCAUAUUGUACCCAAAUGGGGCUCUCGAAGGGCGUGUGCAUGCCACUGGCUAUAUCAACACAGCUUUCCUGAAUGGAGGGACCCAGAGCCUCCUCUUUGGGAACCGUGUCGGGGAGCGAGUGCUGGGAGCAGUACACACACAUGCUUUCCACUUCAAACUGGACCUGGAUGUGGCAGGUUUGAAAAACUGGGUGGUAGCUGAAGAUCCAGUGUUUGAGCCUGUAGCAGCCCCCUGGAACCCAGAGCAUCAGCUGCAGCGCCUGCAGCUGACCAGGCAGGUCUUGAGCAGGGAGGACCUGGCUGCAUUUUCCUUGGGGAGCCCCCUUCCUCGAUACGUUUACCUGGCUUCCAACCAGACCAAUGCCUGGGGCCACCAGCGAGGGUACCGAAUCCAGAUCCACAGCCCUCGUGGUGUACAUGUACCUUUGGAGAGUGACAUGGAAAAGGCUCUCAGCUGGGGGAGAUACCAGCUUGUGGUGACCCAGAGGAAGGAGGAGGAGUGCCAGAGCAGCAGCAUCUAUUACCAGAGUGACAUGCUGACCCCGAAGGUGGCCUUUGCUGACUUCAUCAACAAUGAAACUCUCCUAGGAGAGGAUCUAGUGGCUUGGGUGACAGCCAGUUUCCUGCACAUCCCCCAUGCUGAGGACAUCCCCAACACAGUGACUGUGGGGAACAGCGUGGGCUUCCUGCUCCAACCCAACAAUUUCUUCGAUGAAGAUCCCUCCAUUUUCUCCCCUGGCAGCAUCUACUUUGAGAGGGACCAGGAUGCGGGGCUCUGCAGUGUCAACCCUGUGGCCUGUACCCCACAGCUGGCAGCUUGUGUCCCCAACUUGCCCUCCUUUUCCUAUGAAGGCUUAUAGGCCUGAGGAUGGGGUAAGACGCCAGGGGCC